CUUGAGUCUUGGACUGGGUGUGUGUAUCCCGUUCUCAGGGACACUGAGAUAUGUUUGUGCCUGUGGUUGUGCUUGAAGCUCUGCCUGGGCAGAAGUGGCAGUGGAAAGGGGGAGGCCCUACUCAGCCAUGGGGUUCAGUGUGGGGCGCCUGCCUGCAGAUAUCUCUGCAGCUUAGGCCUGGGACAUCCAGCCACCUUCCCUUCAGCCGCUCCUUCCUGGACCGCAGCCCUGGAGCCUUUCUUCUCCCAGACCCCCAAGGGCCGGGUUGGCGGCCUGCCCACCACCUCCGGCGGCAAGCGCUUCCAGCUCUGGGCCCUAGGACUGUUCUGCACCGAGCGCCACCUGGCCAAGCGCCUUAAGAACAACAGCUUCUACCCGUUCAUCCAACAGCAGCCCAAUGUCUUCGUGCUUGAGUACUACCUGGACACGCUGUGGAAGGGGACACUGCUCUUCGUCGUCUGCCUCCUCCUCGUCAGCUUCGGCUUCGUGAGCCAGGUGCAGAAGCAGGAGACUUGGGGCUUCCCCGCGUGCGGCGUGGUCGUCGGCCUGUGGCUCAUGAUUUCGUCUUUGCCGCGGCGCCGCCUGGUGCUGAACCACACGCGUGGCACGUACCACUUCUCCGUCCAGGGCCGCACCGUGUGCCAGGGCCCCAUGCACCUAGUCUACGUGCGCCUGGCGCUCAGCUCCGACGCUUAUGGAAGGUGCUUCUUCCAGUUGGUUCUAUGCGGCCACAAGCUGGAGCCGCUGGUGCUGGUGCAGCUGUCGGAGCGCUAUGAGCAAAUGGAAUACUUGGGCCGUCACAUUGCCCGGAAACUCAACAUCAAUUACUUUGACUGCCUGACCAAGUCGUACAGGCACGUGGUCCGUCACUGGCCGCUGGGGGCCACCUUCAGCCCCGGCAUCGUGCAGCGCAAGACCGGCACUUAUGGCCAACAGACCUUGCAGUCUGACCUGGACGUGUGAUUCUGAAGGCAGGUGCCCCAGCGCUGCCCCUGCCCCUCAGGCGUACAGUCUCCCUUUCCCUGUGAUUUCCCACCUUCACUGGACCUUAGUCUUCCCCUCAAUAAAGCCACCUCUUGCUUCCAGGCAAGUGUUUCCUCUGGGGGGGGGGGGCGGGAGGCACAGCUCGGGGGCCUCAGGGAGCAAACCUCGGAGUUUUGAGCUGGUUGAGGGUAACCGGAGGAGCAGGGUGAGUAAUGAACAGCAGCGCCGCCAGGAAUUUGGAGUCCUCACUGGACAGGUGUGGGACCCACGGCCUCCCUUGAGCAGCAACACUCACCUGGUCCUGUCCGGGCUCGGGAGUGCAGAACAGUGAGCAGCGUGCAGGGGUCAGAAUUUGACUGGUCAGCCUGACUCGGUGCCUGGUCCCGUCAGCAGUGGGAUGGAGCACAGCUACAGGUCCAGCCUUGUGCCCAGGGUACAGCUUGGCAGACAGCCCCCAGAGUUGCUGCUUCAGUGCUCCUAGGGAGUAAGCUGUGGAGCCCUAGACCAGAGCUCAAGCCUGCCGUGCGGGGCAGGCCCGUGUGUCCCUGGAGCUUGCCCCCCACACCUGCUGGAAUACCAGUCCCAUAUGCCCUGAUCCAGUGGGUGUUCCCACGUCCUGGGCACUGGGAGCUGCUGCGGGCGCAGAGAGGGCAGUAGGCCAUCGGGGACCCAGCAGAAGUGGCAGCUGGUGCUGUCCGCGUGGCUCUCUUGGUCAGCAUGUCCCCUCAGCGCCAUGCUGGUGACCCGAGUCUUUGGGCAUCGUGUCAGUGAGUGUCACUGGAACCAGAACCUUCAGACCCCAUGUAAACUGAAAAUGCGGAGCCCCUUGUUAAAAAGUUACUGGGGCACCUGGUGGCUCAGUUGGUUAAGCAUUCGACUCUUGAUUUUCAGCUCAGAUCAUGAUCUCACAGUUCAUGGGAUUGAGCCCUGCGUUGGGCUCUGUGCUGGCAGCGCUGAGCCUGCUUGGGAUUUUCUCUCUCCGUCUGUCUGCCUCUUUUCUCUCUCUCUCUCUCUCUCUCUCUCUCUCUCUCUCUCUCUCUCUCUCUCAAAAUAAAUGUUUUAAAAAUAAUUAUUAAGAAUUUCCAGAAGGAGACGCUAGAGUAUCAAACCCAGUAUGGGGGAGCCUGGCUGGCUAGUCAGUAGAGCAUGUGACUCAGGUUCUCUGGGUUGUGAGUUCAAGCCCCACAUUGGGGGUAGAGUUUGCUUAAUUAAAACAAACAAAACGACAACAACAAAACCCAGUAUGGGCUGGGAUUGGGGCCCUGUGUGACUGCCCAGGUCACACAUGCUAUGAAGCUGGCCCUCCCUGGAACCAUGGCUCAGAGCCACUCACUGACCAACUCCUGAUCCUCAAGCUGGCCAAGCCCAGUGGGGCACCAGCAUCCCUGCCUGUCCCCAGCAGGGUCCAGGGACUGCUGGAAUUGCUUUAGGCAGCCCCAGGGAGCAAUUAUUAUUCAUGGCGCAAAUGCAGGGUCCUCUUGCCCCUCUGAAGAGGGUCUAAGUUGUCUGCCUACAGACAGACAGAGUGUCCUGCUUUUACCAGGGGGACAGACUGGAGAGGGUGGACAGAGCUCAGCAGUGAUGGGGUUGGGACAGGUUGGGGGACAAUGUUAUGCGGGAAGGUGACAAGUGUAGGCCAUGGGGCUAGGCUGACUGGGUGAGUGCCAUGUGACUGAGCCAGACCUGGGGUGCCCAGGCUGCCUGUCAGUUUUGGAUGGGUUAGAAGGGCAUGCCAGUCCCUUGGGCUCUGGGAGGCUGCUCAGAUCUCUCAGCCUUCAGGUUGCGGACUCAGUUUCAUCUAGGAAGGCAAAGUUCCCUCCCUCCUGGAGCUGACAAUCAUAAGAGGCACAUAUAUUGAGGAGCUAACUUCUAUACUGCUGAAGCGGCUGGAGGUGGGGUGGUGUCCUCUAGCCGGGGGGGGGGGGGUGAUGUCAGGGAAGACCUUUCCAAGGAUGCAGCACUUGAGCUGAUACAAGGAGGCGGUGGUCGUGUGGAGCUCUGGGGAAGGGGACAGGAAGUGUAAAGGUAUCAUGCAGGAACAAAUUUCUUGGCUGGGCAGAAGAUGAGAGGAUUGGGAAAACAUGGCAAUUGUAAGCAGGCUCUCCUUGCCCAUCCUACACUAGGCAUACGGUCCCACAGAAUAAAGACUGCAUUUCCUACUCUCCAUUGCAGAUAGAUAUAUGUGGUCUUGAGACUAAUUCCUGGCCGAUGCAAUAUAAGAAUCAGUAUGUAUAAUUUCCCACUGUGUCCUUAAAGGGAGGGGUUUGGUAUCUUUGCCAUUUCCUUUUUUCUUAUGGCCUGGAAUGCACCCACAAUGACUGGAGCUCAAGCAACCAACUUAGACCAUGAGGUAGAACGCAUGUGUUGAGGAUAGCGAUGCAACAAGAUAGAAUUGUGGAACUUGAAGACUGUGCAACUGUCCUGCCAACGCUGGAUGGCUUAUGUAGAACUCUAUGCAAAAGAGAAAAACUUGGGGCACCUGGGGGGCUCGGUUGGUUAAGUGCCUGACUUCAGCUCAGGUCACGAUCUCGCAGUUUGUGGGUUCAAGCCCCGCGUCGGGCUCUGUGCUGACGGCUCUGAGCCUGGAGCCUGUUUCGGAUUCUGUGUCUCCGUCUCUCUCUGCCCCUCCCCUGUUUGCACCCUCCCUCUCUCUCUCAAAUAAACAUGAAAAAUAAAGUAAGUAAAGGAUGAGUAUGGUUUUGUGUUUUCUCCAGCAAAGUUUUGCUGCUUGGAUGCAGGGGUGGAAUAGGCAGAUAGCUUGGUCUAACAAGGGUUGGAGAUUACUAAGGACAGUAUCAUAGGAGUGUGGGGUCAAGGGAGCGGUUGUCAUUUUGGGCCAUGGGACCUGAGCUGGGCAGGCAAAAAGUGAGGACAGGAGUUGAGGGGCAAAGAACAAGGGCCUCAGUUCUCUAUUGCCACAUAACCAACCACCCUAAACUUAAGGGCUUAAAGCAGCAAAUACUUUCUCAUUGUUUUGCGGAUUGGGUGGGCCCAGCCGGCUGGUUACCCCGCGUGUAGCUGGGGUGCUCGUGGCUGCAUCAGCUGCAGCUCGGCUGGGGCCAGAUGUCUAGGUUGACCCCCAUCCUCCAGGGCCUCUUUCCAAGUGGUGCCUGAUCAUUCAGCAGACUAUUUUGCUCCUGGUUUCCAAGAGAGAGAGUUGCAAGAGGACUAGCCCCAGUGCCCCACAAUCCCAUUAAAUCUCUGCAUGCAUCACUCGUGCUAAUAUCCCAAUGGCCAAGCCCAGAGAGUCAGUAUGGAAGCGGUCUACCAAGUACAUGAAAACCAGCUUUAUGGGGGUCAUGAUUGUAGGCAAUCCAUGACAGACCACCCUCCAAGGCCCCCCAGUAUGUCACCUUGGCACCCAGUUCAGUCCUCAAGUCCGGGAUCUUGCAUCUAAGUCAGGUCCAGGUGCAAAUGAGGGUUCCCAGGUGUCCUUCCGUGGGUUCAACCCAGCUGUGUGGAUGCUCAGUGCAGAGACCUGUGAACUAAAAAGAAAAAAAGAAAAAAACAA